AUGUCUACAGACACCAUGUACUUCAAUAGUUCAAGGCGACUAACUGUGCCCAACAAGAAUAAGACCAAUAAACGUCUAGACAAGAAAGAAAUAGAUACACAACGUAAGAAUAAAGUUCGACAAGAAAGAGUUGAUCAACCUGUCCCGACUCAACAAAUACUUCCAAAUGGUCAAAAACCUGAUUUUGGUAAUUCUUCUUUUACAAAAAAGAAGAAUUCUCCUAUUAAAAAUGAAUCUUCCAGGAAAUCUCCUAAAAAUAUCCAAAUAGAUAAUUUAAAGGAAUCUGAAAUUUUGACCAAAAAUUUGAAAGAUUUGCUAUUGACAAAUGUUACUACAACAAAAGAGUCAAAAGUCCAGGUGAAUCAACCUAUAAAGCAAAAUAUACCUUUAAUGGGGACUCUUCAAGGCGCUUCCCCAAUUACUACUCCUCGUAUGGAUCAUUUAUCCCUAUCCCAGCCUUCUCCAGGUCCUAUGCCAAUAAAUCCUAUGUAUCAAGGCGUAAACACAUCUCCUUUGAUGUUCAACGUUGGUUUGCCUAUGAAUCCACAUGGUAUGCCAAACCAACCACCAAUGAUGUAUCAUCAAGGACCAAUGCCACCACAGCCGUAUGGAAAUUAUACCUUGGCAGCACCAAUGAUGGCUUCUCAUCCACAAAUGAACCAACCAAUGCCUCACAACCCAAUGCUAGUUCCUAAUCAAUUUCCAGUUCAACAACAACCACAUCCUCACCAAUUUCAACAUCAUCAUCAACAACAACAACAGCUGCAACAGCAACAUCACCAAUAUCAACAACAACAACAACAACAACAGCAGCAGCAGCAGCAGCAGCAGCAGCAGCAACAACAAAAGGAAAAUUUGAAACUUCAACCUGUUGCCCAAUCUAGUGUAUCACCAAAGAGGGAUAUGUCCUCUCAAAUCGAAUCAAAUAUUAUGAACAAUAAUAAUUCUAGAAGAAAGAAUAAUUCAAGAAGAUCUGGAACUUCAAGCUCAGGUAGUUCCAAUUCCUUUGCUGGUGCAUCUUUUACCACAAAUAUCCCAAAGCUACAAAACUUGCCUAAGCCAAGUUUUACUUAA